GCCGGGGCCACGCUCCAGACCAGCCACCGCUCCGGAGCGAGCCCUGAGCCUCCCUCUGCCUGGAGUUGCAGUUCGUCUCCGAUCCCCUUGGGAUUUAAACCUUCUUGCAUAUAUAUAUAUAUAUAUUUUUCCCCUCCUUCCUCCUCCUCCUGUCUUUUUCUCCCGUGCAAAGUGGAGCAGGAACUGCACCAAGGCAGCCCGCGAGAUCCUGCAAUACUGCUCCGAUUUGUCCCUGCUAUUAUUCCUAAUUAAUUAUUAUUUUUGACCUCGCCCCGAGCCGGGGAGGGAAGCGGGACCAUUCUCGGCAAGAGAAACCUUUCGCUCCGUAUAUCAAUAAAGAUUUUUGAUUUUUCCCCUCUCCGAGGAGGGGCCGGGUGCAGGGCAGGCACGGCGGGGGGGGCCGGCCCUCGGCGGAGAGCGCAGCCCCGCGGUCCCGGCGCGGCGCGGAGCGGCGGCCGCGGCGGGGGGAGGCGGCCCCAGCGCCGCCCGCGCGAGGGGGGCAGCCGCCCCAGACAGGUGAUGGGCGUUUCGGCUGCGCUCCGGAUCGACUCCUUGGGUUUCACUUUGGUCUGAUCUAAGCAAAUAUGCAGAAGUACCGGCUGGUCUAGUCCUAAGAGCCAAGAGGAGCGAGCGAGAGCGGCAGAAGGGAGAGCAGCCACGCUCCCGUAGCGAGGGGAACGUACAAACAGCGGCCGCGCCGUCAUUGAGCCACCGCCGCCCCGGGCAGACCCGACCCACCCUGGAUGCGGAGGACCCCCGAGCCACCCCGCUGCCUUUCCCCUGAGGGAUGGUACUGAAUUCCUGCGCGGCAGGAGCCGGCCUGCAGCCCCUCUCCAUCAGCGUUGCCUUCCCUCCGUGUCUAAAGUGCACUAGACCGCGAUGAGGACCUGGGCUUGCGUUUUGCUGAUAGGUUUUGGGUACCUGUCCUUUACCUUCUCCGAGGAGGCCGAGAUCCCGCAGGAGCUCAUCGAGCGGCUGGCGCACAGCGAGAUCCACAGCAUCCGCGACUUGCAGCGCCUCCUGGAGAUUGACUCCGUAGGAUAUGAUGAUGUCUCAGAAACAAACUUGAGAUCUUACAGUGUUCACUCUGCUAAACAUGUGCAAGAGAACCGUCCUGUGCCCAUUCGCAGAAAAAGAAGCAUUGAGGAGGCCAUCCCAGCGGUGUGCAAGACACGGACGGUGAUCUACGAGAUCCCUCGGAGCCAGAUCGACCCCACCUCGGCCAAUUUCCUGAUAUGGCCGCCCUGCGUGGAGGUGAAGCGCUGCACCGGCUGCUGCAACACCAGCAGCGUCAAGUGCCAGCCCUCCCGGAUACACCACAGGAGUGUCAAGGUGGCAAAAGUGGAGUAUGUUAGAAAAAAGCCAAAAUUAAAAGAAGUUCUGGUGAGAUUAGAAGAGCAUAUGGAAUGCACCUGUACAUCAUCAAAUACUAAUUCAGAUUAUAGAGAAGAAGAAACUGAUGUAAGGUGAAAAUAAGCUAGAAAAAAAACUUCUCUCUGGGACAUGGAUGUACAUGGUUUGUUACAUUCCUGAACCUACUAUGUAUGGUGCUUAUUGACUGUAUACUUUAUUUGUUCUCCUGUGUGAAAAAACUGGCUCAAAAGAACACUUAAUGAGAACAAAGAGACAAUGUACAUUUGUUUAAUGUGACAUCAAAGCAAGUAUUGUAGCACUCUGUGAAACAAUAGGAAGCUUCCCUGUCCAAAAAAGAAAAAAAAAACCGAAAGAAAGAAAAACAGAAAAGAGAAAAAGACAGUUGAAUGAAUGGAGGAUACCAAAAGUACUCAAAAACAUGACAAAAAUCUAAGUGAAUAGUGGAUUUCUGUCAGAGCAGUCAACGGUGCUUUACGUCAAGAAAUGUGCCUGCGUUCUUGAUGAAGAUGGAUGGACACUGGUGGACUUCAGGCACAAACAAAGCAGGAAUGUAUGAAAUGAUCAAAUGCCACGCAAACACUAGAGAACAAUACAUCCUUGCUUGGUGGUGUUUUAAAAGUCUAUACAAAAAAACCUUCUGGGGAGCCUUAAGUGGAUUUUUUUUUUUUUUUUUUACACCAUAAAGUGAUUAUUAAGUUUUCUUUUUACUCUUUGCCUAGCUUUUUAUUAUCUCUUGGACUACAUUUGCCAAUAACACAUAUAAAAGACUGGUAUAACAAUAAGCAGAACACAAAACAUUAUGGUAUUUCUCCUAGUGGGAUGCAAACUAAUGAGAUGUAUUAAAAUAAAAAUGGUAUACCUAUGCAUAAUUUUCUAGACGUUUCUUGGUUUAUGUUCCCCAACCUCCCCCGUAAUUUAAAGCAUUACAUAAAAGAAAAAAAAAAAAAAAAAAAGAGAAAAAAAAGAGAGAUGUGCGUAAACAAAUCAUAGGAUAUCCAUGCAAAAAUCCUUUUUUUUUUCUUUAAGACUUAUGCCAGUUGCCUACUAGUGAUAUUGUGUUAGCAAUUGUCAUUCUUAUCAGUAUACAGAUACUUUUAUUUCACAUGUUGGAGCUGUGUGAAAUGUACAAAUUCUUGUAUCUGCAUUGUAUAAUGUCAUGGUGGCAUGGGAAUUACCUUGCUGCAAAUAUUUGAACAAAACCUAAAAUUCUUUAUUUUUGGUAAAAUGUUAUGCUUUAUGUGUAUUCAACAGAAAUAUGUGUUUUUGUAAAGGUGAAGUUUGUAUUUUUAUCUAAAAAUUAACAGUUUUAUAUACCUGAGAAAGCCUGCUAUGUUUUCUUGAACCAAAAAAAAAAAAAAAAAGAAAAAAAGAAAAAAAAAAAGCAUUUUGUGGUCAUAUUUUUGUAGUAGAAUAGCCCAAAUAACAUCAAAAUCUAUUUUAACUAUAGCAGGGCAGAUAAAAUACUCUGGCACCAGCUCCAGUAUUUUCAAAGUGCCAAAGGAUUAAAUGUUCAGUUCCCCACAGAUUGCAGUGGGAGCCACAUGGAUAAAUCCUUCUGUACUGCUUUGGAAAUUUAGGGCUGUGCCAGAUAUGACAUGGCUACUCACUUGGCCAAAAUCACUGCCCCACCCCAGUAGUUUGGAUUAUGUACCCUUUGUUUUAUUUGGAUUAUUACAUUGGAUAUGUAAAAUGAACUACUGGAUUCUUUUAUUUGUGAGACAUCUACAAAGAGAUGAAAGAGUUUUCUUAGUUUGGAACAACAAAAAAAGUUUGUCUUGAAGACAGUGUUUCCACUCAAAUAAAAAUAUCUUCAGAUGUGAAUGAACUGCAGAACCUUAAAACAACAAGAGAGCAAGAUUUUUAACCUUUCCAUUUCUCUAAAUAUAGUUCAAACAUUCCCCUCCUGUUCCUGUAGCUAUGUCCAAAUUCAACCAAACAAAGCAAUGUUAGCUAACAGGCAUUAUUGGCUUCAGAUGCUAAUGCAGAGAUAGAGUUAGUCACCAUUCUAUUUUGUGAUCAUUUUCCCAGUGUAUUUGUUGAGCACCAAAACUGGAAAUACAUUUAACUAAGAUUGUCUGUGCUUGUUUUCCACUAAGUGUACUGUUCACAAUGUUAUGCACAUGAAUGUAUGUGUCUGCGUUUAAAAAAGUGUAUAAAAUGUAAUUUAUAUAUUUAUGUUUCAGUGGGAUGCCAAUAAUGUUGCUCCGUUCUUCUUUUUCUUUUUCUUUUUUUUCUUUUUUUUUUUUUUUUUUUUUUUUUUUUUUGUCUAAAGGAUAUCUAAUGAAAGAAAAAAACCAAACAUAUAUCCAUUAAAAUCAUGUAGAUGAAAAGCAUUGUGACCCACUCAGACACUGUGCAGGUGUGAAAGGAUGUCAAAGUCACUUAAGUGGAAUAGUUUGCAAAACAACUCUUGGAAAGAGUCCUGUGGUUGGACUGGCAUGAGAAGGUUGUGUUUGGGUUUGUGGGCCAGCUCCUUGGGAGUGACUCCCCUGGGUGUCCUGGAGCUCUGAUUUACAUCUCGAGGCAGCCUGGCCUUGUAGCAAAGUCUUGAAACAAAGCAAACGGAGAGGUUUUGUUGAUGCCAGCAAAUAAAAGUGUUAUGCCAAAUUCAGCACACCAGGAGAGAGUGAAGACUGAAUGGGGACUUUUCCAAUAGCUGCUUGUUUGAGACUUGUAGUCUUGAGUUAAUUUUGUUACGAGGAAUGAAACGCACACGAGUCUUUGUUGUCAAGCACAGUGUUCAUACAGCAUGCGGCAGAAAACACAAAAAUCUCAGGGCUAUGUUCUCAGCUACUAUAAAUUGGCAAAUGUUUCUGACUUCAGAUGCCCCCCAGCUAAUUUACAUCAGAUGAGGAUGCAGCCCAUGGCUGUUAAAUUGCAAGGAGUAGUGUCACAACAGGAGCAUCACUUCCUGCAGUCCAGCUGAGCUCUCACCCGCCAGGUUGUGGGAUUAGCCCUCCUUCAAAGCGGCAGAUACAACCAGAAGGAACAGUGACACUAAAGGUUGUGACACGGGAGUCACAAUUAAUUCAAAGUUAAGUUGGACAUUUCAAGGGCCAUAUCCUCAGCUGGUGUAAAUCACCACCACUCCUGCAAUGGAGCUGGACCAGCUUACACCACUUGAGGGGCUGGUCCCUCAUUCUUGCUCAUCCCUUCCACUCCUCGGUCCCGCAGGGAUCUCAGAUUGUCGUGUACGGUCAAUGUAAUCCUGUGUUCUCUAAUUAAUACUUAAGCACAAUAAGUGAAUAUAAGAAUGAGUGUCAGACUUAACUUUGAAUGUCCAAGCUCUGAAAUGGUUUGUUUCACCAUUGUGGCUGUAAAUUAAACAGUUCUCUGUGCAUUCGUGAA